AUGAUUUUAAAAUAUUUAGGAUGUGUAUUGGCUGGUAAUGAGAGUGAAAAUCGUGCUGUCAGUAUUGCUUGGUCGCCAAAUAAUUUAAAAUUAGCAGUUGCUUUGGCAGAUAGAUCUAUUUAUCUUUUUGAUGAGACAGGAGUUAAGAAGGAUCGUUUCUCUACAAAACCUGUAGAUUCUAAGUAUGGAAAAAAAAGUUAUGUUGUAAAAGCAAUAGCAUUUUCUCCGGAUUCAACUAAAAUUGCUGUUGGACAAACAGAUAAUAUUGUUUAUGUAUACAAAAUUGGUGAAGAUUGGGGUGAAAAAAAAGUUAUUUGUAACAAAUUUGGGCAGAGCUCAUCAGUAACAUGUAUGAUCUGGCCAACAGAGGGUCCAAUAAUUGUCGGUUUGAGUGAUGGAAAAGUUCGUGUGGCUAUUUUAAAAGCUCAUAAAACACAAACACUUUAUACUGCAGAUGCAAUGACAAUAGCUUUAGCAUCAAAUGAAAAAAAAUCAGGAUUUUUAUCAAGCCAUGCCGAUGGAAGUAUUAUACGAUAUAAUUUAAAAAGUGAUGGUGUCACUGAACCCUCAGGUAGAAUCUUAACUCACGGAGUACCUGCGUAUGCUUUAGCUUGGCCAAAUGAUCAUAUUUGUGCCGGAGGUAGUGACAAAAAAUUUAUAUUCUACGACUCUCACGGUAAAGUAAUUAAAACUUUCGAUUACUCGCGCGACAAUACGGACAAAGAGAUAACAGUAGCAUGCUGCAGUCCAAGUGGACAAAGUGUAGCUAUUGGAUCAUGGAAUCGAAUUAGAAUAAUUGAUUGGAGUCCACGUCGUGCUGUUUGGGAAGAAACAAAUACUCGUGUACUGCCAAAUUUCUAUACAGUGACGGCCUUAGCAUGGAGACGAGAUGGUUCGCGUUUAAUAAUUGGAGGUCUUUGCGGUGUCAUUGAACAAUUUGAAACUGUUUUGAAACGUGCCAUGGUAAGAGGAAGUCACGAAGUUGCUUACGUAGGUCCUAGUCAAGUUGUCGUACGAUCCUUAAGUGGUUCAAACCGUCCAGUCAGUAUUAAAUCUUACACAGGAAGUGAGAUUGAAGAUGUAAGAAUUCUAGGCCGUAGGGACAAUCAUAUAAUAGCUCGCACCAGUUCAACUUUACUUAUCAGUGAUAUUACGUUGAAUUUACUGAGUGAAAUACCCUGGGAAGAUAAAUCAAAUAGUGAAAAAUUUUUUUUCGAAUAUCCUGGUGUCUGUUUAAUAUUUUCCUCCGGAGAACUGACAAUUGUCGAGUAUGGAAAAAAUGAAAUACUUGGAUCAGUAAGAACUGAAGCUGUUAAUCCACAUGUUGUAAGCGUGCGCAUAAAUGAACGACAGGUUCUAGGUAUGCCAGAAAAUAAACGUCUUGCUUAUUUACUGGAUUCUCGGACAGUACGAAUCGUUGAUUUAAUAAACGGAGCAACAAUAAGUAUUAUUGCUCAUGACGCACGUGUAGAUUGGCUGGAGUUGAGUGAAACAGGUCACAGAUUAUUGUCACGUGACAAAAAAGCUCGACUGUGGUUGUGCGAUGACAAAGGCAGCAGGAUAUUACUGUUGACUGGAACGGGUUUUGCUUCAUGGGUGCCUGGAAGUGAUGUAGCUGUUGCUCAGACUGGUGACAAACUUGCAGUUUGGUACAAUGUUGACGCACCGGAAGCAUCGACACUUAUUUCUAUACGAGGUGAUGCAGUAGAUAUUGACCGUGAUGAUGGAAAGACAGCAGUUAUUGUUGAAGAAGCUGGUUCUCGUGUGAAUUAUCCAUUAGACGAAGGGUUGAUUGAAUUUGGCACAGCUUUGCAUGAUAAUGAUUUUGGUCGAGUUAUUUUAUUUCUUGAGGACUUGGGCGAUAGACCGGAAGCUGAAGCCAUGUGGGAAAACGUUGCGCGCAAUGCUAUGACUGAGAGAAAAUUUUUAAUAGCUGCUAGAUGUUACGCAGCACUAGGAGACGUGGCCUACUCGAGUUUUUUAAAAGAUAUUGUGAGGAUUGGUGAAGAGUAUCAUCAAGAAACGGGUAAUGAUCCUCUGACAAGUCCUGAAUGUUGGGCUAAAUUGGCUAUUUUAAAUGGAGAAUUGAAAACAGCAGAAGCGAUUUAUCUUGAACAAAAUGAAUUAGACAAAGCAUUGGAAAUGUAUCAGAAAUAUUGGCACUGGGAGGAAGCCUUGGAUUUAGCUGAGAAUCGAGACUGGCCUGGAUUAAAAAAUCUUAAGGACAAACAUUUAGCUUGGCUGCUUAACAGUGGGCAGGCAGCUCGAGCAGCUGUGAUAAUUGAAUCCGAUGAUCCACGUCGUGCUGUCAAACUUUUUUUGGAUGCUGGACGUGCAGGUCGUGCUGGACGACUUCUUUUGUCAAAUGAAUCUCUAUUAGAAGACUCUAAAAUCACUGAUGAGGUUGUCAAAGCACUUAAGUCAUCAGACUUGAUGGAACUAGCUGGAGAAAUUUUAGAAAAAACAAAUGACACUUCUGGUGCUAUCAAGUGUUACCAAGAAGCUGGAAUUUUUGCACGAGCUCUAGAUUUGGCAAGAUCUGUUGAGCCAAAUUCUGUUGUAAGUAUUGAAAAAGAUUGGGGUCAUAAUUUGGCAACAGCUGGGCAUCAUGACGCAGCUAUAAAUCAUUUUAUUGAAGCCGGUGAAAUAGCAUCGGCUUUGAAUUCAGCGAUAAAUGCACGUCAGUGGCGUAAAGCUCUUCAAAUAGUUCAGGUAAUUGACAGCGAGGAUCCAGCAAUCCAAGAAAAAUGUCAUAAGCUUGGUGAAUAUUGUGCAUCAAAUGGUGAUACUAAUUUAGCUGAGAAUUUAUUUUUACGCGCUAAAGAUCCAAAACGUGCUAUUGAAAUUCAUAUAAAAACAAAUAACUGGUCACGAGCUUACGAGGUUGCGAUGGAACACAUGGAGUCUACUGAAGCCGUUAAAGUUUUAACAGAACAUGCUGAAAAAUUACAAGAAUCCGGUAACUUUCGUUAUGCUGAAGCAUUGUUUGUUGCUAUUGGUGAGUACGACGCAGCUAUUGCGAUGUACCGUCGUGCUGGUCAUCGGCAUGACAUGAUUCGGCUGGUUGCUGAAUAUCGUCCGGAUUUAUUGAAAACUACUCAUGCAUAUUUAGCACACGAAUUGGCAGCAGCUGGUAAAGCACGUGAAGCUGAAGAACAUUUCAUUGGAGCUGAAGACUGGAGAGGAGCAGUGACUGCUUACAAGGCAGCUAAUUUAUGGGAAGAUGCUUUAAGAGUUGCUAAGCAGGCGUCUGGUGAUACUGCAGCUCAGCAAGUGGCGCUAAUGUGGGCCCGUACUCUAGCACCGGAAUUGGGUGCUCGACUUUUGAUCCGACUUAAUUAUUUUGAUCCGUGUCUACUGAUGGCCUGCGACGCUAAUCUAUUUGACUGGGCACUGGAGGCUGUGAGAUACGGAACUCCAGAACAGCAGCAAGAAGUCCAUUACAAGUAUGCUAUGGCACUGGAGGAUGAAGGAAAAUUUGCUGAAGCAGAAAAAGAAUUUAUCAGAGCUGGAAAAGCUACUGAAGCUGUACAAAUGUAUAUUCAUACGAGAGACUGGGAUGCUGCGGAAGAAGUUGCUCAGUCAGUAAGUCAAGAAGCCGUGGCGCAGGUUCUGGUUGCCAGAGCUGCUGAAGCUGUUGAUAAUAAAGAUUAUGCGUUUGCUGAGUCACUCUUACUGCGAGCUCACAAGCCUGAAAUAAUUAUUGAUCAUUACAAGUCAGCAGGAAUGUGGUCAGAAGCGAUGCGAGUUUGCCGUGAGUAUCUUCCAAGUCAUGAGGCAGCUUUUCGUCGUGAAUUAACACACAAAAGUUCCGGAAUAGAUGGAACAAGUAGUUUAGAUGAAGCACGACGUUGGCUAGAAACCGGAGAAGUUCGUACUGCGUUAGAUAUUUUAAUAAUCGAUGCAUCACGUCCAGCACUAAUCCAAGCAGCAGAUAUUUUAUUAAACCAAGCAGAUCCUGAAACGGCUCUUCAAGUUGGCGGGGAGCUGGGUUCUAAGUUAGUUGUUACAGGUGAACACGCAUUAGCAGCUCAGGUUUAUCUUCAAGCAGACAAAAUGAAGGAAGCUAUUAAUGCACUAGUGUCAAUUGGAGAUUGGAUGAGAGCUCGACGGAUUGUUCACGAACUUGCACCAGACUUAGAAUCUUAUUUAGAUGACAAGUAUCGCGAGAGUGCACGAGACAGUGCUAUUACUAUGACUGAUAGCGAUCAAAGUGGACGAGGAGAACGUGAUGCUGAUAAAUCUUUGGAAAACCUUGCUCGUAAAGGACAAUGGAUCCAAGUAUUUGAAAUAGCCAGCACAUUAAAUACUGAAGUCUUGCAUAAAUACUUAGCACAACGUGCUGCUCAAUUACUUAAAUCUGGAACACCAGAACCUGCUUUGCAAUUAUAUUCACAAUACGGAGCACCUCCUAUUGCCCAGUACCAUAAUCUUUAUUAUCGUUUAGCUGAAAUGAUUUUAAAUUUGUAUGAAGGAUCUCCCGAAUCACGAUACACACGUUUAUCACAGCUGCGUACUUUUUUACUGGGCCUUACAAAACAAAUAGAAGGUUCGUCAGCAAGUGAAGAAAAAUUUGGAAGAUUACUUCAAGCUACUCAUUACUCAGCUGUAAAAUGCGCCUGCCAGUUGUUUCCAAAUCUUGCUAAUCUUGUUACCAAGACAUCAGUCUCUCUUCUGAGAUACACAGACGUUUUACUUGCUGAUCGUUGUUACUACGAAGCAGGAGUUGAAUUACGUAAAUCUGGAUCACACAGCGAGGCUUUUGUCUUCCUAAAUCAUUUUUUAGAUCUCGAAGAAUGCAUAGAAGAAGGUGAUGGAAGUAUUUUAGAUGUUGAUGAUCUUCGAAUCACUGACUUCCCACUAGAAGUUCCCCUUCCUGGGACACUCAGUCUGGCGCAAGAAGAGCGAGAAGAUGUGCGCGAGUGGGUGCUGGCUGUGUCAAUGGAUCAGAAAAUUGAACAGGGUCUGCCAGUUGAUCAGCGAGGAGUCUACAUCGGGUCUCUCACCUGUCCUGCAAAUGGUUCAGCUCCACUACAACCUUGUGCUUUAACUGGAUAUCCAAUUCGUGCUUCUGUUGUCAGGUUUGAAGGAAGUAAUCGCGUUGUUGAUCGCGAUGAUUGGAAUAAACUGAUGAAUGCUGCACGACAAGCUCCCUCUGAAUCACCACUCAAUGACGUCUUAGUAUUUGUACAAGAAUGGUGUGGCUCAUUACCUAGUUUUACAUUUUAAUUUUUUUUAUUUACUGAAAACUUACAAUCUAUCCCAGGAUAUUAAUUAAUUUAGAUGUCGUAGGUUUUUAUUGACCAUCCAGUGAUGUUUUUUUCAGUUUUGACAGAAACGAGAUCUAUUGGUUUGAAUAUUUUUAAUCACUUAACUUUUAAGCUACGGUCCAGUAGUUAAGUUGCUAAUUUAUUCGUAUGUUAAGCCAAUUUUACGGUGUCUGGUGUCUUAACACUGAACUUCUUCCUUGACGGUCGUCAUAUAGAGGUCUCUAUGCAGGGUAUUGUUGGAUACGUACCAGGGUACG